CAGCUCCAGACGCAGGAAGUGGGAGAGCAGGAAGAGUGGGAGCGAGAGGAGGAAUAAUCAUCCCUCCAUUUCAGCCCGAACAGACUUCAGCGACAACUGGUUUUCUAAUCCAAGGAGCGAAGAUUCCAGAGGGAAACCGGAGAAAAGCAUGUGGAAAGCAGCAGCUGGCCGCUCGGUCUCCGUUACGGUUGAUGAAGGGGCUGAUGACUGGGAGACUGACCCUGAUUUCGAGAACGAUGUGACUGAGAAGGAGCAGCGAUGGGGAGCCAAGACCGUAGAAGGUUCCGGCCAUCAGGAGCACAUCAAUAUCCACCACCUGCGUGAGAAGGUGUCGUGUGAGCACAGCGAGUUGAAGCAGAAGGAGCUGGCGAACAUGCCUAAAGCCUCUCACGGCUACGGGGGCAAAUUCGGGGUGCAGCAGGACCGCAUGGACAAGUCUGCUGUAGGUCAUGAGUAUCAGAGCAAACUCUCUAAGCACUGCUCUCAGACUGACACCUCUAAAGGCUUUGGGGGGAAGUAUGGAGUUCAGACUGACCGCGUGGACCAGUCUGCCGUAGGGUUUGAGUACGUGGGGAAGACAGAGAAACAUGCCUCGCAGAAAGACUACGCCACCGGGUUCGGUGGCCGCUACGGGGUUCAGGCUGACCGUGUGGACGAGAGUGCAGUAGGAUUUGAUUACCAGGGCAAAACCGAAAAACACGAAUCGCAGAAAGACUACACCAAAGGAUUUGGUGGAAAGUUUGGCGUGGAGAUGGAUAAAGUGGACAAAAGCGCUGUUGGGUUUGAGUAUCAGGGGAAGACGGAGAAGCACGAGUCUCAGAAAGACUAUGUGAAGGGCUUUGGAGGGAAGUUUGGCGUGCAGACGGACCGCCAGGACAAAUCGGCGGUGGGCUGGGACCAUCAGGAGAAGCUCCAGCUUCACGAGUCCCAGAAAGAUUAUAAGCGUGGGUUUGGAGGGAAGUACGGGGUGGAGGUUGAGAAGCAGGACCAGUGUGCUUUGGGGUUUGACCACAAAGAAAGCCUGGCCAAGCACGAGUCUCAACAAGAUUACUCCAAAGGAUUUGGAGGAAAGUAUGGAGUGCAGAAGGACAGAAUGGACAAGAGUGCAGGAACGUUCGAGGAAGUGGAGAAGCCCAGCGCUGCGUACCAGAAAACCAGACCAGUGGAAGCAGCUGGCAGCGGAACGGGCAACAUUAAGGCUCGUUUUGAAAACCUGGCGAAGCAGAAGGAGGAGGAGGACAAGAAACGGGCAGAGGAAGAGCGAGCCAGGCGGCAGGCCAAGGAGCUACAGGAGCAGGAGGAAGCGCGCAGGAAGAUAGAGGAAAGUGCCAAAGCUAGAGCUCCCUCCCCUCAGCCCAGCCCCACCACCACCACGGCUCCAGAGUACAAGGAGGCCCACAGUGAGAUAGAAGAGAAGGAAGACAAUGUGUAUGAGGUGGAACCUGUUUCGGCCCCAGCAUCAAAACCCAUCUAUGACGAACCGGUUCAGGAGGAUCUUUAUCAGAACCAGAGCCAGGUGUUGGAGCAUGAGCAGGAUGGACAGUACCAGGCUGCAGACACUCAGUCCUACGACUACGGAGAAGAUUUGGGGGUGACCGCUGUGGCACUGUAUGAUUACCAGGCUGCUGGCGACGACGAGAUUUCCUUUGAUCCCGAUGACAUCAUUACCAACAUUGAGAUGAUUGACGAGGGCUGGUGGAGAGGUGUGUGCAGGGGGGCAUACGGACUCUUUCCGGCCAACUAUGUCGAAGUCCGACAGUAAAAGCCACACCCUUUUCCGCUGGCCACACCCACCUCCCUGGAGGAGAGGGGUUUUCUUGCACAUCGUUUUCCAUCUUCAUCCCUUCUCUUUCCUCUCCUUUCUCCUGCUCCCUCCAUCCUUCACGAUGCUUCUGAAGUGUUGGGCGUUCUCAGGUCUUUCAAAUGCUCUUUCAUUCUAUCUCUGUCCUUUUUUUUCUCCAUCCAUUUGCUCAGAGUUGGUGGGUUCCCCCCCCCCAAACAGAGAAACGUUUUUUUGUAUUGCUGAUUCUGCUAAGAAAGCAUGAGCUUCCUUCAUUUAAUUCCGACAUCAUCUUUUACUCCUCUCCUCCUCGUUCAUAUUAGCAUUUACUUAGUCCACAAUUGCCAUAAGUGAUUUAUUGACAGUGUACAUGAAGUCUGGGUAUGGGUUUUCUUUUUUUUCUGUUAUAUGAAGGUAUUAACUGCAUCCUCCGUACUAAAGGUGUUAGAGGAGCUCAGCUGGAUAUGCUAACGUAAGAGCCCCUUUGCAUGAUUUGUUGCUGUUUCGUUCAACAGUAGCAUUUACAUCAGUUGCAUCAUGCUGACUGGUGACUGUUUCUGGUUGAGCUGCUCCUUCAGUCACUAUGAGAUCAUGACUGGCCUUGUGUUAUGGAGGGACGUUUAGGCCCGAAACAUACUUCACACAAGGACACGAACGCAGACACUUCGAGCUACGCUGAUGCGGUUUCAUACCUAGUUGCAUCCAAAAAUGUGUCAUGACACGUUUCAUAAUGCAACACAAGUGCAAGCUGCUAUGUGAGUGUUAUGCCAGGGGGCGCUAUAAUGACGACCAAGCCUGUCCAAGUGGGCCACAGCAGACGAGCCAUCGAGUCUCGCGCAAAGACAGCUCACAUAAUCAUAAAAAUGAUGUAUUACCGCCUUUCCAUUCCAGCAGAAGAGCUAAAGCAGCUCGCUCUCCUCUACAGUGUACCUGUGGCUGUUGGAAUAACAGUAGAUCCUCUCUGAUUUGUCCUCUGUCACCCCCUUCAGCACUGUUUUAACUACCACACUAGUGUAAGGCACGGGGAGUUUGACCAGAAGGACUGAGCGCUUUCAGUGUGUUAGCUGAGCACAGCCAUUUGCGUUCACAUACUUGUGUUGAGUAUGUUUCUGGCCUUAGAGAUGCGGUAGGACCACCAAAGAUCCGAGUGUUUUUUUGCAUGUUUGAGAGCUAGUGCAGUAGAGUUUGGUUGGUUUGUUGGACAAAGAAGCUCAUGCUUCUCGUUUGCUUCCAUUAUCUCCAUCAUGUUAGCACUCCGUGGCUCUGAAGCUUCUUGUUUUGAGCAGCUUUUGCAUUAAAAGAAAACACUAAUGGGUGUUUGUUUGUAGCUACAAAAACACUAAAUGCUAAAAUAUUACUGACACCUCCUGACCACGUUAUCUUCUUACUUGGCGGUAUGAGACAUCUGACCUGCAGUCAGUUUUGCAGGUCGUUCCCAAUAUUCCAGGAUGUGUAUAAACAAAGAAAUAUGUUUUUUAUGAUUGGACAGAUAAUAUAUAUUAUGGAUUUUGAGAAGUGGAAUUGCAGGUGGUGUCAAAGUCUAGGUGAAGUCUGUUUGUAUGUCCUGGGCAUGCGGUGUCGUCGUUCGUCCUGGUCUGUGUCCAUGUGCUCACUGUGUGUUGUAGUCUAUUAUACUCGGGGCCACUGUAACGUUUUCAUCUUGACCAACACAAUGUAACGUGGGGAGGUUUUACGUCCGAGUGUGCUGGGAUGCUGUAACUGCGAGCACUAUUGAUUGAUAGUUUAAUAUGAUGCAUAGCUUAAUUUUAUCUAGCGACAAUUCUGUUCUGGUGCGGUGGGAUGCUAAUUCAGUUGGUGAUGCAUCUUAAGGUGUAGCAACGCCUAAUCACGACAUCCUUUUGGGUUGGGGGUUUUAUAAAAGUGUCCUUUUCAGAUCUUUUUAUUUUUAUCUGUAUUUUGCUGGCUUAAAUCUCAUUACGUGCUUGUUUUUUUUGUAAGAAAUGGAAUUUCAAUUAAUAAAAACACAUAGUUGAACAGUU